AUGUCUUAUGGUGACGGAGACAGUGACGAUGAGCUCUUUGAAAAGUUGGAGGCAGAGCUCGAUCAGGAUGGGACUUUUGAUUACUACAAAUCACAAAAGAUUCAAGAACUCCACUCCGAAAUUCAGAGACGUAACAACCUCGCAAACAACCUCGUCUUCCCAGAGAGUGAACGGCAGCUGUUGGAUCGGGUCUCUCACAGCACGUCAAAAUACCUCGUAGUUUUUGUCAACGAAACUUUCCAGUCUAGCAUCUAUUUGACGCACGCACUCAAGGAAACUAUUGAAAAUAGUGAUGGCUCUUACACAGUCUACAUUAUCAAUGCCGAAAAGUCACCCUUCUUGUCAACAAAACUCAGAAUAAAAACCCUCCCCACAAUCGUUGCCUUUGUCAAUGGGAAACGGAUGGGCAUAAAAGUAGGCCUUGACGGACUCCUCAAUGAUAGACUUGACGUCUCUACCGUUUCCCCAGAGAAACUGGCCUCUCUAUGCCGUCAAUUCUUCCAAGGAGGAAGACAUCGUAACGAAGAAGACGAGGACAACAACAACGACAAAGACAACGACAAAGAUUAA